UGCUAACGGCUCUUCAAGACCUGCAAACCGGGCUGCGCGACCACCCUUCCCUUUUCAUACCAAUACUCAUAGUGCUCUGGGUGCUCCGUACCGUCUGGAGGGCGACGGAUUCCGUGGAGGGGCUACCAGCGCCUCCUGGAGCCUCCUGGAUCUUUGGCCACGAACGGGAGAUUGUGAAGAAUGCGCCUGGUCGUAUUUUCAGGGAAUGGGCCAACAAGUUGGGCUUGACCUAUCGCAUCAAGGCCGCAUUUGGCGCUCGUGACGUGCUCGUCCUUUGUGACCCUGCAGGCAUUGCACACAUCCUGCAGAAGAGAGUAUAUGACUAUCAUCAUAGCAAGGUGGUCAGGCCCCGAGUUGGUCGUCUGCUAGGGAAAGGUAUGGCAUGGGUGGAGGGCGAAGUAGAACACAGGAGGAUGCGUCACCUCGUCGGCCCCUCCUUAUCGUCAGCGCAUUUCGCACCUUCGUUGUAUGGCAUUGCUCACCGCCGUCCAGACACGAGAACAUGAAGGACAUGGAGUCCGAUAUGCGGGUGGCAGCCAUGCAGGUCAUAGACAACUUCACUCACCAGGUCCAUGCCAACAACGAUAAGAUGUGGGUCAACCUGUUUGACGUGACGGGAAAAGCGACUCUUACGAUUAUCGGGAGAGUGGCGUUCCUCCAUGAUUUUGAAGGCGGGGAGAGUGAGGAUGCACGCAAAAUUCUGGAAGCCCGUCGCGUGGGCGUUUCUCCAGCAAUAAAGUCCUCUGAUUUCAUUUUGUUGUCACUCCUUAGGCGAUUCCCGAUUCUCAACGACCUUCCGAUCCCGGCGCUUCAAGUACAAGGCUUGGCAAGAGAGGUCAUUCAGUCCGGGAUCGCUCACGAGAUGAUUCGGCGCAAUGCGGACGUUGUCGAAGGAGUGGACCCUAAGUCGCAUAAGGACCUAUUAAGCAGACUCCUCAUCGCCCAUAGCGCAGGUAAUAUCUCGACAGAGGAACUCUACGCGCAGAUUUCAACCUUUAUCAUCACUGGCAACGAGACGUCAACCCAGACCCUCGCUUUUCUUAUUUGGGAACUCGCUCGCCACCCGGACGUACAAGAGCGUCUACGGGAAGAGUUGAAGGCAUUUUCCGGCGAGCCCGACUAUGACGAUUUCCAGACGAAGCUACCAUAUCUCGACGCCGUCAUGAAAGAAACCCUUCGGCUCUACCCUGGGUUGGCGUACAUGGAGCGCGUUGCGACCAAAGCGGACGUUAUCCCACUGCGCGAAUCCGUUAAACUCUCGAAUGGGAAGGUCGUAUCAGAACUUUCUGUCUCGCCCGGACAGGUUGUGAUUAUUCCAAUUCUCUCCAUCCAACAGAUGGACUCCGUGUACAAAGAUGGCGAAAUGUUCCGCCCCGAAAGAUGGCUAGACGGAAGCGUCGACACGAGCACCAGACAGUACUCAGGCUGGACGCAUAUGCUCGUCUUCAGCGACGGGCCCAGAAACUGUAUCGGCGUGCGGCUCGGUCUAUUGCAGAUGAAGAUGGUUCUAACGUACAUGAUGGAACGCUUCAGGUUCAUCGACACCCAUGAAAACAUCACUUUCAAGAUCUCGUCCAGCUUGCAGGCUUGGGUCGCUGGCAAGCCAGAGCUUGGGCCUUGUCUACCCGUUGACGUCGAGCUACUGUGAAUUAGCUCCGCGAUAUCGAUGCUGUAAGCACGUAGGUGUCAUGUCUGGCAAAUGUAAUGAAGAGACGUGCUAUUAAAUGGUUAAGCACACCUUGAAUCGAGCAGUCG